AUGAACUUAUUCUUCCUAUUUACCCUAUUGUGUCUGGUGGUUGCGAGACCUCAAGAAUUCGACGAUGAAGACUACCGCGAGCAUGAAAUUGAUAGAAAAGACGAAGUUCCACGAGUUCAAAUCAAGGUGUACCGGGGCCCUACGAAGCACGACGGCCACGCCCCCUGGGGGUUCUGGGUCAAACAACCGUCGGACGACAAGUAG